GUUUACUGGCUGCUAGUGCUAAUUAGACUUGUUGCAGAAGAGCUGCAACUGACUGCCGUUGCUGUAGUGUAAUGUCUAUUGAGAGCUAGAAGUAUUGGAAUGAAUCUGCCUCUUAUUGUGUCCUAACCCAUUCAAGAUUCCUGCUGCAGUGAGCUUGUUGGACAGAAGAUUUGAUUUCUGUGUGAGAAAUAGAUCUCAAGUCUGCUUUUAAGGAAGACAGCUGUUCAGCUGCUGUGGUUAGAAGAGGUACCUUAAUUGACAUAGAGAUACUCAGACUGAAGUGCAAGCAUAGCCUGUAAGGAAGAGGCAAGUACUGUAAGUAAGUUUGGCGUACUUUGAAAUAUUUCCCAGAAUUAGAGUGUGGAAGAUAUCUUGCUAGAAAUGGACUAGAUUCUGGUUCCUUUGAACAAAAAGGAAAUAUUUUUUUUAACUUUGCUUUUUGACAGAACUCACUUUGAAGAUGGCAGAAGCUUACCAAGCAGUAGCUUUUCAAUUUACAGUAACUCCAGAUGGGAUUGACCUGCGAAUGAGCCAUGAGGCACUCAAACAAAUUUACCUAUCUGGUGUCCAUUCAUGGAAGAAAAAGUUCAUCAGAUUCAAGAAUGGAAUUAUCACUGGCGUUUUUCCUGCUAGCCCAUCUAGCUGGUUUAUUGUACUUGUGGGUGUGAUGUCAACAAUGUAUGCCAAAAUUGAUCCUUCUUUAGGAUUAAUAGCUAAAAUCAACCGAACACUUGACACAACUGGCUAUAUGUCAAACCAAACACAGAACAUCGUGAGUGGAAUACUUUUUGGCACAGGGCUUUGGGUUGCCCUUAUUGUCACAAUGCGCUACUCUCUCAAAAUGCUGCUUUCCUAUCAUGGUUGGAUGUUUGCUGAACAUGGCAAACUUUCUUCAGGCACCAAGAUUUGGAUGACACUUGUAAAACUCUUCUCGGGACGUAAACCCAUGCUGUACAGUUUCCAGUCAUCUUUACCACGUUUGCCAGUUCCAGCUGUUAAAGACACAGUCAAUAGGUAUCUGGAAUCAGUUCGGCCACUUAUGGAUGAUGAAGAGUUCAGAAGAAUGGAGGGUCUUGCCAAAGAUUUUGCAUUUAAUCUGGGACCAAGACUUCAGUGGUAUUUGAAGCUAAAAUCCUGGUGGGCCACAAACUACGUUAGUGAUUGGUGGGAAGAAUAUGUCUACCUUAGAGGACGUGGACCAAUAAUGGUUAAUAGUAAUUAUUUUGCAAUGGACUUCCUUUAUUUAUCUCCCACAACCAUGCAGGCAGCUAGAGCUGGUAACAUUAUCCAUGCCAUCCUGCUCUAUCGGAAAAAACUGGACAGACAAGAAAUCAAGCCAAUUCUUCUGAUGGGAUCCACUGUUCCACUCUGCUCAGCUCAGUGGGAAAGGAUGUUCAACACCUCCCGUAUCCCAGGAGAGGAAUCAGAUACUCUCCAGCAUGUGAAAGACAGCAGACACAUUGUUGUGUAUCAUAAGGGCCGUUACUUCAAAGUAUGGCUGUACCAUGAUGGCAGACUGUUGAAACCCAGAGAAAUUGAACAGCAGAUGCAAAGAAUUCUUGAUGAUGGUUCAGAGCCUCAGGCUGGUGAAGAGAAGCUAGCAGCUCUUACUGCAGGAGAUAGAGUACCAUGGGCUAAAGCUCGACGGGCUUAUUUUAGCCAUGGAAAGAACAAACAGUCCUUAGAUGCUAUUGAAAAAGCAGCAUUUUUUGUAACAUUAGAUGACAUCGAGCGAGGGUACACAAAAGAAGACCCAGUAAGGUCACUGGAUGUGUAUGCAAAAUCCCUAAUACAUGGCAAAUGUUAUGACAGGUGGUUUGAUAAAUCAUUCACUCUUAUAAUAUUCAAAAAUGGCAGAAUGGGUCUGAAUGCAGAGCACUCAUGGGCAGAUGCUCCUAUUGUUGGACACCUCUGGGAGAAUGUAAUGGCAACUGACUAUCUUGAACUGGGCUAUUCAGAAGAUGGGCAUUGCAAAGGAGAUACCAAUCAAAAUAUUCCUGUUCCUACCAAACUGCAGUGGGAAAUUCCAGAAGAAUGUCAAGAAAUGGUUGAGAGGUCUCUGAGCACUGCCGUAGCUCUGGCAGAUGAUGUGGACUUCAAUUCGUUUUACUUUGAUACUUUUGGGAAGGGACUAAUAAAGAAAGCAAAAACCAGCCCUGAUGCCUUUGUGCAACUUGCCCUGCAGCUUGCUCACUAUCGGGACAUGGGAAAAUUUUCUUUGACAUAUGAAGCCUCUAUGACACGCUUGUUCAGAGAAGGCAGGACUGAAACUGUUCGUUCAUGUACUGUUGAGUCAUGCAACUUUGUUCGAUCCAUGGAAGACCCAACUGAAAGUAAUGAAAAUAAGCUGAAGUUCUUUCGGCUUGCUGCUGCCAAACAUCAGCACUUAUAUCGUCUUGCCAUGACUGGUUCUGGCAUUGACCGCCAUCUCUUCUGUCUUUAUGUUGUCUCCAAGUACCUGGCUGUAGAUUCUCCCUUCCUUAAAGAAGUUUUGUCAGAACCUUGGCGGCUGUCAACAAGUCAGACACCACAGCAACACAUUGAUUUAAAGAAGAAUCCUGAAAUGUUAUCCUGUGGUGGAGGAUUUGGACCGGUGGCUGACGAUGGUUAUGGUGUUUCUUAUAUCAUCUUGGAUGAAACCUCCAUCCAUUUUCAUGUCUCCAGCAAAAUAUCUUGCUCUAAGACGGAUUCUCAUCGUUUUGGGAAAAACAUCGCAAAAGCAAUGGUUGACAUCAUGCAUUUAUUUAACCUUAGCAAAAACUGUAACAAGUGAUUCGCCUUAUUGGUACCAAGCGAUCGCCUGUUGUGGGAUGUGAGCUCUUCUGUACAGUGAACGAAGGCAAGGUUUGUCAAACAGUAGCUGGUGAAGAAACUGAGUCAGCAUCUUCUUGAUCACCUAUGAAAACCUUAGCACUGUAUUGAAUGUUUCAUUAAUUUUUUUCAGUAGUUUGGAAGAGUUUGUUCCACAAAGGAUGGCUUUUGAAAUCUUGUCUGUUUCUAGCGAUGUAGUAUCAUUGCAUGAAGUCAUGUAUAUUCUAACUCCUACAGUUUUCUCUUAAUUUGUACACACUUGCUCUUUUCUUACUUGAAAUUAGACUACUUGUAUUCCAGAAUCAGAAUGAUAAAACACACCAUCUUAAACGCAAAUAUUAGAAAAAGUUCAAUUUGCUGUGUAUUCAUAGCAGAAUGUUCUUCAAUGCAUCUGCUGCUUUAUGUCAAAGAAUGACAAAACUUGUGGCUGUUUGCCUUUAUUGUUUUCUGUUGUUUGGGUGGUUGUUUUUUUUUGUUUUAUUUUGUUUUUUUUUUUGUUUGGGUUUUUUUUUUAGGUUUUUUAAAAGGAAAUUUCUGUAAAGCAGACAAAACCUCCCUUAUAUGACCCACUGUAACACAAAGAGUUGUAAAAACUUUGGGGGUUUUGGAAAAAAAAACCACAACAUUGUUGUAGUAGUCCUACAUCAGGUAGUAAAUUGUGUUGCCUAAGUAGCAGGUACCACAUUUUUCUUACUACUUUACAAGCAUGUUUGCCACAUCAUUUUAUUUCUCUAUAAAUAAAUGGACCUGUGUGCUUGUUCAGUUGAGUGCCUUAAAAAAAAAAAAAAAAUAAUAUCCUAAACCCAGGAAAAAAACUGAUUGUGAGACCUGGUUUUACAUUGUCUUACUGGUGAAGGAGGUGAAAUAAUAGUAUUUCAGAUGCAGUUUUCAAAUUGUAAGUUAGAUUGAUGUGGCAUAAGUAGAAUUGAAUAUGUUGCCAUAUGGUGGGUGCAGUUAGGUUUGCAGCUCUAAUGAAAGGCUCCCAUGAGUCCCAAUGAAAUGCAGGAAUAAUUUUGUUUCAGAUCUACAGAUACACCCAUGUUUAGGUUGGUGAGUGGUAUCAUUGGUCAUUUGAGGUGAGAGCUUCCGGAUCCAAGGGAAUGCCAAUUUAGUUAAAAGCAACCAGUCUGAUAGCCUAUGAAGCAAGCUGCUGCGGAGGCUGAUCAAUUGCAGGUUGCCUGCUUUCAGCCUGAAAGGACCACUACUACUUUGCCAACCACCUGCAUGAGAAGGACAAGCUAUUAAAGCAGUGGAAAAUAGCUCCAGAAUGGGAAAAUUCUGGCUACUUCAAACUCCUACCAGGCGAUGGUUUUGGUCAAGCAGUAUCUGAAGGAUACAAGACGGAAGGGGAAAGCUAUUUCAUUCAAAAAGGAGCACAGUGUUUCCAAGCACAGAAAUGAAGGGGCUACUGCAAAAUAGAGUAACUUUGUAUGUAAUGCUUCUCUUCCCUAGGCUUUUAGGUGUGGUUUCUUUUUACAUCCGGCAGUGCAGUAAAGUGUACCUGUUAGUACAACAAGUCUUUUAUUUUGUUUUAAAUAUAAGGUACAUGCUGUUUGGAAAUACAGUGAAUGAUGCUCUACAGCUAUGCUGAUUUUAAAAGGCCUUUGGGGAUGAUACAAAACUUCUCAUUAGACUUUGAAUGUUUUCUGGCCAGUAUUUCUUAACUUUCUAUGCCUCUUCAUGUUUUUGUUAUUUUCAUUUUUACUCUGAUCUAGCUAUUAAAACACCUGUACAUGUAUGUUUGAUGUGGAAAACUUCAAAGAUCCCAGAUGCAUGCUUAUAAAGAAACCUUCACAGGAACUGGCCAAAGACACUCAUUUGGACACUUUGAAAUAAGCCUUACUGUAGCUGGCAGGCCUGGUAUUUGUCAAACUACUGCAACAAUUUUAUAGUGAUAUAUCCUUUGAGAGCUGCAGAAACAAUGCACUGGGGUUUUUGCCCCCCCCCCUUUUUUUUUCUUUUUUUAUUUUAUUUUAUCAACCACUGACCAAUCUGUGCUUAAAUUAACAUUAGGGCUUGUAGGAUUUUCUUCAAAAAAGUUUAGAUAUGACUCUCAGGUUUUAAAUGUUUCAAGUCUAAUUGUAGUUAGUGCAGUUAUCAAUGCAAUUUUACAUUCUUAGAGAGUUAGACUAGUUGGCACAGAAAGCGCUUUUUUUUCUAUUAUAAGUGUUUUAAACAUUUUGUGGGAUUAAAUGUAUCUUUUUAAUUUGGGACAGAUCACAAUUCUUAAACAGAUAAGAUUUUUAUUUCAUUUUCUUUAAAAUAUCAAAGCGUGUAAAUAAACUAUGCUUUUUGGAUGUAAAUCUUAGAAAUCCACAGUGAACGUAGGUUCUUAAUAAUUAAUUUAAAUCUUUAUGUUUGAUAUUGUGUACAUACAGUAAAACUGCUUGCUUUUUUGCUCAAAAGCCAUAGGAAUGUGACUGAAAUGACCUAGAUUUAAAUGAACCUUCUAGUAUAAUGUACUCUAUAAUAAAGUUAAAAGUUCAUAUUCCAGAAAUAUUUAUGUAUUUCUGGAAUGUUCAUAUAUUUGUUCAUAUUCAUGUUGAGAAAAAGUACUAAUUUGUUACUAAAACCUUGAUUCAUUUAUUCUCAAUUAGUGAUUUAAGAGCUUAGGGUUGAGUAAAAGUCAGGUUGGAUGAUAAGAUCUUGACCUGUUUAUUUAACAGCAGGGCAGAAUUGGUGGAAUACCUCAAAUGUGCAUUUUUCAAAUUUCUUAUUGCCGCUAUUUCAUGCCAGAAAUUAGGAAAGCAUUAAGUACCUUUACAGACUACCAUUAUGUAGGGCUAACACCAUACCUAACUAAAUAUUCUUUAAAGGGUUGGGUUUUUUGGGAGACUAAGGAAGUGUGUGACUGACCUUGAAAUUCGUGCUUCUAAUUCAGCCUUUGUACCAGCUGUUUUCUCCCAUAAAAGUAUAUUAAUUUGAGCUGGUUUGUGUUCUCCUUUUAUAUUUUGUUCAAUUACUCUCCACCUAUGGUUAGUUAUUUACAUCCAGUGCUUUGUUGCUCUUUCCUACGUUCUUCAGUGACUUCAAAAAGUAAAAUAAAAUUUCACAAUUACACUA